AAAAUGGCGACUGUUGACUGCGAUGCGGCCGCGGACCCGGAGAUGGAAUUGCUCAGCGACGAGGAACUGGAAAGGGAGGCAGAAGGCUUUAAAGAGCAAGGUAAUGCCUAUUACAUCAAGAAGGAUUACACAGAGGCCUUCAAUUAUUACACCAAGGCCAUAGACAUGUGCCCGAAGAACGCCAGUUACUACGGUAACCGUGCCGCCACGCUAAUGAUGCUGAGUCGCUACAGGGAGGCGCUGGAGGACGCCCAGCAGGCCGUGCGGCUGGACGACACCUUCAUGAAGGGUCACUUGCGGGAGGGCAAGUGUCACCUGUCGCUUGGCAACGCCAUGGCUGCCAGCCGCUGUUUCCAGAAGGUUCUGGAGUUGGAGCCUGAUAAUAGCCAGGCACAACAGGAGCUGAAGAACGCAGAGUCUAUCCUCGAGUACGAGCGUAUGGCAGAGAUAGGCUUUGAGAAACGAGACUUCAGAAUGGUGGUGUUCUGUAUGGAUCGGGCGUUAGAAUCGGCCUCGGCGUGUCACAGGUUUAAGAUCCUAAAGGCGGAGUGCCUGGCACUGCUUGGGCGCUACCCAGAAGCUCAGUCUGUUGCUAGUGACAUCUUGCGGAUGGACUCCACCAAUAGCGACGCCCUGUACGUGCGCGGAUUGUGUCUCUAUUAUGAGGACUGCAUUGAUAAAGCUGUUCAGUUUUUCAUCCAGGCACUGCGCAUGGCGCCCGACCACGAGAAGGCCCGCCUCGCGUGCAGAAAUGCUAAAGCGCUGAAGGCGAAGAAGGAAGAGGGAAAUAAGGCGUUUAAGGAAGGCAGGUACGAGGACGCCUAUGAUCUCUAUACUGAGGCCCUGACCAUUGACCCAAACAACAUCAAAACCAACGCCAAGCUGUACUGCAACCGAGCCACAGUGGGCUCAAAGUUGAAGAAACUAGAGCAGGCCAUAGAAGACUGCACUAAGGCCAUUAAACUGGAUGAAACCUACAUCAAGGCCUACUUGAGGAGAGCACAGUGUUACAUGGACACAGAGCAGUAUGAAGAGGCAGUGAGAGACUAUGAGAAGGUGUAUCAGACAGAAAAAACUAAAGAACACAAGCACCUCUUAAAGACUGCCCAGUUGGAGUUGAAGAAAAGCAAGAGGAAAGAUUACUAUAAGGUUUUAGGAGUGGACAAAAACGCCACAGAGGAAGAAAUUAAGAAAGCCUAUCGCAAACGAGCCCUUAUGCACCAUCCAGACCGGCACAGUGGAGCAAGUGCGGAGGUGCAAAAGGAGGAGGAGAAGAAGUUUAAGGAGGUCGGGGAGGCCUUUACUGUGCUCUCUGACCCCAAGAAAAAGUCCCGUUACGACAGCGGCCAUGACCUGGAUGAUGACGGCAUGAACAUGGAAGAUUUCGAUGCCAACAACAUCUUCAAGGCAUUCUUUGGGGGGCCAGGGGGAUUCAGUUUCGAAGCGUCUGGACCUGGGAAUUUCUUUUUCCAGUUUGGCUAACUGGGCUGCCCCUUUUUUCUCUCUCUCUCUCUCUCUCUCUCUCUCUC